CUAAACAUCAUGAUUCUCGUACAAUGGAUUGAUAUCAAAAUAGUCAAACAAAGAGACUAUAAAGGUAUAUUCAAUCGCAAUAAAAUGGUGCAGCAGUGCUAUUUGUGUAAAAUUUAUAAACAUCAGGCUGGAGCGGAAUCUUUAAAAUUUCAUUCCCUUCCCAAGACCCCGGAAAGGAGAAAAAGGUGGUUGUCGGCCCUUGGAUUCGAGUAAAACCAUCAAUUUCCUAAGAGGGUGGAGCUAUGUUCCAAGCAUUUUGGAGAAAAUGCGUUUGUUUAUGGAAGUGAGGGACAAAAGACACUCAAGCGGGAUGCGAUUCCUCUCAUCUCUCAUUCUUUGUUUGAUCCUGCAGUAAGCACCAGGUAAACUCUUAAUACAUAAUAGACUAGUUUUUCUAAUACAGUAAACAAAAAAGAAUAGUUGUAUUUAAUAAUAUUUAACAACCACUCAUUUUGAUUCUGAUUCUAUCUGCUGUUUAACUUUUCAUAUAAGAUGUUUCUG